AUGGGUGACAUUAUUCAAAAUAAACAUAAGAAUGAUGACGAUGAAAUUUUUUGCAAUGACCCUUUAUUAAUAAUCGAAUAUAAUCAACCAGGACUAAUAAGUCGAAAUAUCACAGAAGUUAAUGUUGCCAAUGUAAUUAGAGGAACUCAAUUCUACGUUCCUAUCGCAUGCCCAAAUCAACACCUGCAACAAUCAAAUUCUGUAUUCGCAUUUAACAGUAUGCAAGUAUUAGAUGAAGCUAUCAGAGAUUUAUUUAAUAAUUAUAAUAACCUUGUGACAGGGCGAAAUGAUCCUAUUGUUGGACGAGUGUAUUUGUUAGAAUUUUGCAGGGCCAACACAUUUGAAGUUUCUGAAAAAUUUCGUGUGUUUGAUUGA